UCCACCUCAUGGGUGUGCAAAGAAACAGCUGCAGAUGUUCUUCCCGUUGCUGGACUUGGUCUCCUGUGAGAUGUGUGUGUGUGUGUGUGUGUGUGUGUGUGUGUGCGUGUGUGUGUGUGUGUGUAGCGGGUUGCCCGGUCCAGUGUUGGUGUGGCCGAGGCAGUCCAAGCGUGACAAGGUUAUUGGAACGUCUAUCCAGUUCUUCUACAGGACCAGCGUCAUCAAUCACGGGCUGGCCCGGGCCAAAUGGAGCGCUAUCGAUUUUCAAAUCAAGUCCGAGCUCGACAAGGGUGGGGGAGGGACGGCUCUCCGAGAUGGCUAAACGGAUUAAAGCGGUGUAAAAUAUGCUGACACAGAAAAAAAAGGAGAUAACUAGAGGAGGAACGACCCAAGAGCUGCGCUUUGCCACAAAGCCGUAUUUUGUCAACAUGAGCAAUAAUAAAGAAAACAUUGCACUGCACUGACUGCAUGAUCGAAUGAUCGAUUUCUUUAAAAUGUGUGAAUGAGACAAAAAAAAAAAAAAAAAAAGCGUAAAGAAAAUAAAUAUCCGAGACAGAGAUUUGGUCUAAAAUUGACAGAACAGCCCCUUGACUGAUAUUUUCUCCCCUAAAGCAUCGUCCAUCCACAUUGUUCCAUAAAACACACACGCAAGCGCGCGCGCCCGCGCCCGCGCCCGCGCGCGAAGCAUUGUACGGCCAGCGCGUUCAGAUUUCCCGGGUUCCAGAGGCACGUGACUGCGCGCGUCACGGCGAGAUCAGCACCUCGGACAGCGGCGCCUGUCAAUACGCAGCAGAAACGUCGGAUAUAUUUUUUAUUCCUUUACGGAGAGAGAUGGAAAAUUUAAAAAAUAAAAGAUAAAAAUUAAAAAAAAAAAGAAUUGAGGAACAGCAAUUCCACAAGUACCGCACACACGUCCAUGUUUAGAGAGCUACAGCAGAGGAGCAGCAGCUGUCCACUCUGAAAGUCAUCAAUUUUGACGGCGGAGCAGUGUGGAGAGCGGUAGUAUUGAUGGACAUAAUGACGAUGAUGAUGGUGAUGAUGGUGAUGAUCAUAACUGGUCCGAUUGCCUUCACGUCGUACGUGCAGCCCGUCACUGGCGUUAUGCCACUUCGACACGGAGAUCGGCUGCGUUCCUCGCUCUGAGAUCCACCGCUUUCCUUUGUAUGUUCAGCAGGACCGUUGCAGAAGACAAAAAAAAAGAAAAAAAAGAAAAAAUCCACGAUGGAUAUCCGACGGAGAAGGGAGGUGUAUUUUUACGCCUGCCUCUGCUGUUUCAUCCGAUCCGCCUGGAAAUGCGGACGCGCUGGGCUCUGAAUCGGCUCCAGGCGCUGUGUGGAGCGGACACGCCACGGAGCGGGACGCGUCCUCCGUACAUCCAUUAAAAGAAGAUUCUGUGAAGAGCAGGAGCUUCAUGAAGCGAGAGCGCGGCUGCUGCUCGCAGAGGCUACGAACAAAAGAGCUCCAAUUCGCGCGCGUCUAACUGCCCUGGCUCUUUCUUUUCCUUUUUCCGAUUGUGGUCCUGCCUGGAGGGCAGCAUCCAGACAUGGCCGCGUGGAUCUGACAACGUGCUGUUUUUCGGCUCUUUUAAAUGCCGCCGCACAUUAGCGGCGCGGUGCUGUGCCGUGUGGUGUGUCGCGCGACGCGCGUCGCCGAGUCGCCGAGUCGCGAGCAGCCGGGCAGCCCGGGGCAGGAGCAGCGGGGGGCAACAGGCUCUCGCGCGCACAUGACACGACGGUGAUGGGGUCAUUCGCCGCUCCCGUCUUUCGGGGCUUUUGGCAGUGAGGUGUCUCGGCGAGGAAAUGCGGAGUUUUCCCCACAAUUCGUGUUGUGUGUAAAGACGCGCUUCUCCCCCGUUCGUGGGGGUGGGGGGUGGGCACACAAAACCACCUCUCCUGCCCGAGUUUACGUGCACAUGCCAUCGGAGAGGACAGGAGGAAUACCACGUGCGAGCGUAACACUUGCUUCGUGUCUUUCGCUUGGAAAACCACGACGGCUCUCGGGUCGCGCGCGACGACCGGAAACUGGAAGGGACGGUCCGCCGCCUGCAAAACUUGCAAAGGAGCCGGAUACGUUUCGCAUCCCUUUUCAGCACAUGAUCCGUCGCACUUAUUUAUUUAUUUAUUUUUUUCUUCUUUUCUCGCAUAUGUCACAUGCACGUGUAGUCAAUGAUGUUUAAGUACAGGAUCCGCAUGAUUUUCAACGAGCUGAAGGUGCUGGUGCUCAUGCGCUCGGGCGCGAGACGGAGCGACGCGGGAACGGAGGCGGACAGACGAAGUGGCGCGCGGGGGCUCGCGAUGGGCGGCUGCGGCUGGCCGCCGUUCGCCGACUGCUCCUCGCGGGAUGACGAAGAGGAGUACUAUGGGAGGGACCCGCGAGCGCGCAGCCUGGCGUUCGAGGACCGGGAGCCCCGGCUGCAGGCGGGCCUCGACGCCGUGUCGCUCUCGAGCAGCACGGAGGGCAGCACGCGCGCGCCCCAGUGCCGAAUCUGCUUCCAGGGACCCGAGCAGGGGGAACUGCUGAGCCCCUGUCGCUGCGACGGCUCAGUGCGCUGCACUCACCAGCCCUGCCUCAUUCGAUGGAUCAGCGAGCGCGGUUCCUGGAGCUGCGAGCUGUGCUACUUCAAGUACCAGGUGCUGGCCAUCAGCACCAAGAACCCACUGCAGUGGCAGGCGAUCUCCCUCACGGUAAUUGAGAAGGUCCAGAUCGCAGCCAUCAUCCUGGGUUCCCUCUUCCUGAUCGCCAGCAUCUCCUGGCUCAUCUGGUCAUCGCUCAGCCCUUCCGCCAAGUGGCAGCGGCAGGACCUGCUCUUCCAGAUCUGCUACGGCAUGUACGGCUUCAUGGACAUCGUGUGCAUAGGCCUCAUCAUCCAUGAGGGUUCGUCUGUCUACCGAAUCUUCAAGCGCUGGCAGGCCGUCAAUCAGCAGUGGAAAGUACUGAAUUAUGAAAAGGCAAAGGACCUGGGGGAUCCGUUAAGCUCUAGCAGCAAAGCUGCAGGGCGGAACUCCCAGAGAAACCCCCACAGCUCAGCCAGCGAGGGCAGGGAGUCGGGUCGCGGCCAGCGUGUCAGGACUGUUCUGCACAACCACUGUGGCUACACCAUCUUACACAUCCUGAGCCAGCUGCGGCCCAACGACCCCCGCGUGAGCGCCGCCGCCAACCGCGAGGUCGUCAUGAGGGUGACCACCGUAUGAGACUGGGGACACGCGGGGUAGACACGGGGAGUUCGAGGACGCACACGCAGGCGUAAGCCGCUCCCCACCCUGCCCCCGCGUCGGCGCCAACCUGCUUGAGGAACACGUGGAGCGUCAGGACGCAGACCCUUAUUGGGACAUCGUGCUCCUCGGCUUGUGAAAACGAAUGAAGAAACAAGGAAAAGGCACAUUUUCCGCACGUGAAAUGUACAAAACAAGUUUGAAACACUAACAGCUUUCAUGACAAACUGAAGCGAGAAACAAUUUGAUCAGCAUUGUCAUUUUCAUCUUUUUCAAUUUUUUAAUUACGUUAUUUUUACCGAUUUCGGUUUUGUAACAGAUCAUUUGGAGGGAGCCGAUACGCUCCAUGCUGUCGGUGCCCUGCGGUCGCUGCUCAGCACUAGCAGCGAAGGUCUUUGUGAGGAGCACGGCGAAGACAUGGACAAACCACCACACCAAAACCAAGGGUCCAGAGGGUCCACAAAUACAAAAGACAGCAUUUUGGGGCAAGGAAUGUGGGUGGGGGUGUCCAGCAAGUCAAUCUGAAUGCAAACAUUGCGGUUCAGUAACCAUUAACCGUGUGGGCAAUAAAGGUACCUGUACAUUUCACAGUAAACUUUGCAUGAGGUUAUAGUCUUAUUCUCAGCGCUCCUCACCUGUCUCUCUUUACCAACAAACACCUUCCCAUCAGUCACACUUAACACAUCGCUCUACUGAUCUCAAUAAACAGUACGUUUCAAUGUCUGCUUGUGAACCAGUCGUUAAAACAGCACGGAAGGAACCGUUUCCUGGAGCAUCAGCCGUCGCUCGUGGCCCCAAACUCGCUCAGCUUUGCAGGUCUCACUAAAAACCCUGCUGUGUUCGCAGGAUCUUGUGCGCUUUAGCUGUACAAGAACUGGAACGGGUGUGAAGUGUGCUGCUAUCGGCAUUUAUUCGUUCAGCUGACACGUUUCUCCAAAGCAGCUUACAGUUACGUACUCAUUUAUACA